UCUCUCCCCGCCAGGGUCCUCUGGAGAGUCGGCCCCGCCCCCGCGUGACGGCCCGGCCGGGAAUUGGCGGCGGGGCUGCAGCCAUUUCCGGUUUCGGGGAGGUGGGUGGGGUGCGGAGCGGGACUUGGAGCCGCCGCCGCCGCCUCCCACAGAUCCUGCCUUGCGCCUGGUGCUGCUGGGACGAUGCGGCCGGGGCCGGGAGGCUGCUGUUGCCGCCGCCCGGUGCGGGCGAACGGCUGCGUGGCGAACGGUGAAGUGCGGAACGGGUACGUGAGGAGCAGCGCCGCUGUCUCCGCCGCCGCUGCCGCCUCGGGCCAGAUCCAUCAUGUUACACAAAAUGGAGGGCUGUAUAAAAGACCAUUUAAUGAAGCUUUUGAAGAGACCCCCAUGCUGGUUGCAGUACUUACAUAUGUGGGCUACGGAGUUCUCACCCUGUUCGGGUAUCUUCGAGAUUUCUUGAGGCAUUGGAGAAUUGAAAAGUGUCAUCACGCAACGGAGAGAGAAGAACAGAAGGACUUUGUGUCAUUGUAUCAGGAUUUUGAAAACUUCUACACAAGGAAUCUCUACAUGAGGAUAAGGGACAACUGGAAUCGGCCAAUCUGCAGUGUGCCUGGAGCCAAGGUGGACAUAAUGGAGAGGCAGUCUCAUGAUUAUAACUGGUCUUUCAAGUAUACAGGGAAUAUAAUCAAAGGUGUUAUAAACAUGGGUUCCUACAACUAUCUUGGAUUUGCCCAAAAUACUGGCUCAUGUCCAGAAGCAGCUGCCAAAACCCUCGAGGAGUACGGAGUCGGCGUGUGCAGCACUCGGCAGGAGAUUGGAAACCUGGACAAACAUGAAGAACUAGAGAAACUUGUAGCAAGAUUCUUGGGAGUAGAAGCUGCUAUGGCAUAUGGCAUGGGAUUUGCAACAAAUUCAAUGAACAUUCCUGCUCUUGUUGGCAAAGGUUGCCUGAUUCUGAGUGAUGAACUGAACCAUGCAUCGCUGGUUCUCGGAGCCAGACUGUCCGGAGCAACCAUUCGGAUCUUCAAACACAACAAUAUGCAAAGCUUGGAGAAACUGUUGAAAGAUGCCAUUGUUUAUGGUCAGCCCAGGACACGAAGGCCUUGGAAGAAAAUUCUCAUCCUAGUGGAAGGAAUAUAUAGCAUGGAGGGAUCAAUAGUUCGCCUUCCUGAAGUGAUCGCUCUCAAGAAGAAGUACAAAGCGUACUUGUACCUGGAUGAGGCGCACAGCAUCGGGGCCCUGGGCCCCACGGGCCGAGGCGUGGUGGAGUACUUCGGUCUGGAUCCCGAGGAUGUGGACGUCAUGAUGGGAACGUUCACCAAGAGCUUUGGAGCCUCUGGAGGAUAUAUCGGAGGCAAGAAGGAGCUGAUUGACUACCUGCGCACACAUUCGCACAGUGCUGUGUAUGCCACGUCACUGUCACCGCCUGUGGUGGAGCAGAUCAUCACCUCCAUGAAGUGCAUCAUGGGCCACGAUGGCACAAACCUCGGCAAAGAGUGUGUGCAGCAGUUAGCUGAAAACACCAGGUAUUUCAGGCGACGCCUGAAGGAGAUGGGCUUCAUCAUCUACGGGAAUGAAGACUCUCCAGUGGUGCCCUUGAUGCUCUACAUGCCAGCCAAGAUAGGUGCCUUUGGACGGGAGAUGCUAAAGCGGAACAUUGGUGUGGUUGUGGUGGGAUUCCCUGCGACCCCAAUUAUUGAGUCCAGAGCCAGGUUUUGUCUCUCAGCAGCUCAUACCAAAGAAAUUCUUGAUACUGCGUUAAAGGAAAUAGAUGAAGUUGGGGACCUGUUGCAGUUGAAGUACUCCCGCCAUCGGCUGGUGCCUCUCCUGGACAGGCCCUUUGACGAGACUACCUAUGAAGAAUGGGAAGACUGAGCCUUUUUGGUGCUCCCUCACCCAGGACAGUGUGUGGCCCUUCUGAGCCAGCUCCAGGCACCACGCUUCUGUGGCCACCUCACGUGAAAGACAUUUCCUCACCUGUCGAUGGUGACUGCCUCCACUCCACAUGACGUCUUGUAAAUAGUAAAAACCUGCGUCAUCUCCGCUUCCCUUGCUACACCUCCCCUUUACAAACUGAGGCAACUCUGCUCUUUUGUCCAUUAAAAAAGGUUUUAUUUUAUAACUAUUC